GUUCAAACAUUUAAAUCCCUCGCACAUGCGUAGUUGGCGAAGAGUGCUGCUGGGUGCGCCAUUUUUGCUUUACAUGGGGAACGGAGUUGGGAAAGCCGUUUUUUAAAAACCACACCAGUUUCCGGACAUGAAGUACUCCGAGGAUAACAAGUAAACCAAAGCGGUAGGAAAACGGUCGUUUGUCAAAAGUGUUAAAUUUGCCUUUUUGCUUGUCAAUUUGUUUCCGUUGAGCGGUUGUCGGUCAAACUCGAGCCCAAUGGAUCACAGGACUGCUUGGAUCCAGCCGGAACAGAAAGGACCUGCCAGCUCCCUCUGGAUGCACAUUUGGAAAACGUCUCAGGGAUUCGCCAAUAGUUCCGCCAUCGACAACCGCGCUCCGUACCCCCGUGGCCAUGUAACGUCAAACGUCCCGACGGGAUCUAACAGCGAGUACUGUAAAAGUGUAGCGCCGCCGCUUGGUGCCGCCGUCUUCGGGAAAGUGUCGAAGCGAGACGGCGGCGGUGGAGAGAGGGUGAGCGCCCGGAGGAAGGGUUCCUUGUCACCGUCCUCCUCCUCUCUGGACUCGGAGGCCGAGAGCUCGUCUCCCUCCGGCUCCUCCCUCCAAAUAGACAAUUUGAACGUCGUCGAAGAAGCCAGCAGGUUUUUACACUACGGCGAACGCGAGCUGAACGAGAACGUGAGGCAGCAACACCCCGCUGCGCCUCUCCACGCUGCUCCCCAACACUGUUGCAGCACGCAACCAUCCGGCGGCCACACCCCCGCCAGGAUGAAGAACCAGCACGGGAUCAAGCAGCAGCAUUUUCAGUCAUCGGGCCGCAGGAGGUAUCUGAAUCGUGCCAACACGUUCCACGGCGGGCUGCUGGCCCGCGGGUGCAGUGGACACCACGCGGACUCCUCCUGCAGCCUGUGGAAGACAAGGCGCUAUAGCCCAGGUGUCAAUGGUCUCCAUGAAGAAAUAGUGGACUUUUUUAACUUCAUGUCACCGUGUCCCGAAGAGGAGGCCAUGAGAAGAGAUGUUGUGAAACGGAUCGAGAGCGUCAUCAAGGAACUGUGGCCCACAGCUCGGGUGGAGAUAUUUGGCAGCUUCAGUACAGGACUCUACCUUCCAACCAGUGACAUUGACCUUGUCGUGUUUGGCAAGUGGGACCAUCCACCACUGCAGGAACUGGAGCAAGCACUCAAAAGACACAACGUGUCAGGCCCGUAUCCCAUUAAAGUCCUUGACAAAGCUACUGUGCCCAUCAUAAAGCUGACUGACUAUGAAACAAAGGUCAAAGUUGACAUCAGCUUCAAUGUGGAGACUGCUGUAAAAGCAGCACAAUUCAUUAAGAGCUACCUUAAGAAAUACACUGUUCUGCCACCACUGAUCUUCGUUUUAAAGCAGUUCCUACUCCAGAGGGAUCUGAAUGAAGUCUUUACUGGAGGCAUCAGUUCCUACAGUCUUAUACUGAUGGCCAUCAGUUUCCUACAGUUGCACCCUCGCAUUGACACGCGGCGUUCCAACAUCAACUUGGGCAUCCUGCUGAUUGAGUUCUUCGAGCUGUACGGCCGCGAUUUCAACUACAUGAAGACGGGCAUCCGAGUGAACGAUGCAGCAUACUUGUCGAAGGAGGAGAUGCUCAAUGCCAUGGGGAAUGGAAACCGGUCAUCUAUGCUCUGUAUUGAAGACCCAAUUCAGCCAGGUAACGAUGUCGGCCGAAGUUCAUAUGGUGUCUUGCAAGUGAAACAGGUGUUUGACUUUGCUUACAUGGUGCUCAGUCAUGGUGUCUCCCCUCUUGCUCGGGCAUACCCCAACAAAGAGUAUGAAAGUACUUUGGGACGAAUUAUCAAGGUUUGCCCAGAAGUGCUGGCCUACAGAGACUGGACCGUAAAGAAGUGGGGAGCUAAGCAGUAUGUCAACCGGGAGAAUCCUGAUGUAAAGACCUGUGAGCAGGACUUUGCCAGGCUGAUGCUGGGAUCUGUGGAGGAUCAGCGAGACACGGCCUCCCCCCUCAGCGCAGACUCCCUCUCACCAUCUCCAGUCUUCCUCAACAGCCCGAAGCACCAUUCGUCAUCAUCCCCAUGCUCGAACUCGUCUUCCUCCUCUGGAAGUGACAUUGAGUCUGACCUUCCUCUAAGCACCAAUGAUGCAAUCCAUCUCCACUCUCUCAACCUGGCAUCAGUCCACUCCCUAAUGCAGAUGGCAACACAGCCAACAGGCUUCAUGCAUACCACACCUCAGUUCUACCAUGAGAAUCUACCAUCCAUCAAUAUGGUGCACCGCAACAUGACACAAGCAGUGGCCUCCCAGCACUCCAACCCCACGAGCCCCCUACCCAGUCCCCUACACCGACUCUACCACCCCCAGAUGGGAGGGCAGCACCAGCACAUGUACACCGUGAGACUUGACUCCCAAGACCUUUUUGAGCCUCACAAAUUUGGCUUUAAGCACAACCAAGGCAGUGGCCCACGUCCCUCCCAAGGUAGCUUCAGUCCCCAGCGGCGGUUUGUUCCUCAAGGCCACAACGCAGCGCCUGGCCUGAGGAACCAGCAGCAAUAUAACCGCAACACCUGGCGACGCAGAAAGAAGGACAAUCUCCCAGCUCUGAAUCAGGGCAGAUGAAGGACUGAACCACUGAAUAUGUUCUACUGCUGUUUCAAGACCUUUCUGUGGCUGUCAGUUUGUCUUGGAACAAACCUUCACCCGGUAAGACAAUUCAGAUGGUCUCUAAUUGUUUAAAGUGCUCAAUCUGUGCUUCUCUACUGCAAGCACAAGACAAUGUUACAAACGUCGUUUUGGCCCUCAAACUCUCACACUUCUGAAGCACACCAGCACUAUUUGAGGAAUUGCCAACCCAGACGGGGUCUUUACCAGUGUGACUACCAUGAAACUACUCAGAAAGCAAAGUCAUGUGCCAUAGUACUGAAUGAGCCCCUAAAGCUUAGCCCUUCUACACUCCAAUUGGGCCUUUGUUUGGAUCUGCUUUUUUCCUGACUGUUACACUGAAUGCAUCAUUCCUUUCGCUGCGUUCUCACAGCUUGAACGCCGUUUUUUUUUGUCUCGAGUGAAGCGACGCACUACCUUUCUAGCUAUGCAGCACAAUGCUGACUAGAUGUUUUCAGUGUGAUGGCACAAAAGCAGACCUUGUCUCAAGUGCUUAAACUGUGAUGACUUGUUUGAAUGUACUGAACGUUUAUUGUUGUGUGUGGAACGUUUCUUUUGUUCGCUCUUAUUUGUCACUGAGGGAUUUUUUCUUUCAUUCACAUUGGCACUUUAUUUUUGUUGCAUUCAUGUGCAAUAAUAAGUUGCUUUUAUUUAAUUUAUUUCACAUUUUACUUUUUUUGUUUUUAGUAUUUUGUCCUCCCACACCCACUUUUUUUUUCUUCCCUCCCGUGACCCAUGCAAUAUAAGGAUUUUUAAGGGCCUUGAAGGAAAGUUCCGCUUUGCAACUGAGGGGGUGCUAUGCUAUAGCUACAUAAAAAAUGUGCCAAAAAUCUCCUGUUUACCAUCACACUAGAAUCACUUACCAACCGCUUGUCCAGAUAUUUAUUGUCACCGCUAGUUCUCAUUUUUAAUCUGUCACAUCUGUUUGAGUUUUGUUUUGUUGUUGUCAUUCUGUGGAAUGUUGACUUCAGCAUCUUUUUUUGUCACUUCAAAACUAUUUGGUGCUACUUCUACCAGCGAAGUGCUUAUGUUCUGCCUUAUGUCUGCUUUAAGUCUAAAACAAAAGGGCCCCACUGCCUUCUUGAAUGACCAAAUUCUGCCAUGCAUAGCCAAACAUUUCAAAUUUAGUUAAUGUGAGCAUUAUGGCACCAGUCAGUUUACAUGAUACUUGGCCCGUCAGCCUUUUUUUCCUCUCUAAAAGUAUGCAAGGCAACUCUACAUCACUUAAAAGGAAUUCAUAUGAUGGUUAGGUUAAGGAAGUUGUUUGGUUUAAAAUUGAGCCAUGAACAAAACAACCAUUUGCAAUGCUGUUUCAGCAUCAAGUCCAUCCUAACUGAUGGACUCAGACUUGAUACUGAAAGGGCAGUUUUGUCUUAAGUGCAGCCUUUUGUUAAGAUAAUCAGCGAAUGGUUACAUGUUUAUACACCAAACCAAAUCCCCAGCUUGUAUCUAUGUAAUUAAGGAUGUGUAAAUGACUGACUUAUAGAUAUAUUCUCUUUUUUAAGUCUUAUGUUUUUCUAUUUUUUUAAUAAACAUUUUAAAUGCC